CCACUGCUUGUCAUUUUUCCAGUGCACUUUGCAUCGUCCAGUCAGCAGCCAUCCCAAGACUUGAUUGAGAAUACCCGGUUCAGUGGCCUUCUUCUCUUCAUGUGCCAUUCAACAAUGGAACGGGAGUUCCUCAAGAAUUUCAAGUUUAUCAAUGGUGCUCGGCUAUGCCUGAUCAGUUCAGAUCGGAACUCGCUGCGGCGUCAGGUCGUCCAACUAGACCUAGAGGAGCAGUGGAGAUUCAGACUACGCGAUGAGUUUCAGACGGCCAACGUAGCCGCCGAGCAACCGCUAUUCAUGCUGACGGGACGGCACGAGGAGGAGCGGUCGUAAGACACAAGGAGAGACGCUCGUAAGACACGAGGAGAAACGCUCGUAAGACGCGAGGAGGAGCAACCAUACUAAAGCCGGGGUAAUAACUUUGGAGGGCCAGGAGCGUCAAGUCUUACAGACAGAUGAACUUUCACUUGCCAUGCUGCAAGCUUGUUCAGAUCUAUUGCCGUAGCUUUCGCUGUUGCUGAUGCAGUCCUACGAGGUAGUAGAGAGUACUGUAGAAUAGGAUCUUGAACCGAAUAAAGAGUUUUAUGUCUUAAGUCUCUGUUUUUUGGUCACCUUUGUAGUGAGUGAAGGGAUUAGCAUUGUUUUGUAGUGGCUCUCAUGUACAACCUGUGUUUGGAAACUGCAGAGAUAAAAUUUGUAAUUUAUUAGUAUGAAAGGCUGAGUGAUUUGUCCCAAAAAAAUUAUUACAUUUGUGCACAAAAUUGCUUUAUUUAAUAUUCUUGUAUUAUUCCAUGGCAUGAUCAUUUUACUAUAUGUAAUAUUCAAAUUUCACAAGAAACAAAAACUAUAGACCAAGCAUCUUGAAAACCUUGAGAAAAUUUGCUCUGCAUGAGCAUAACGUAGGAAUGUGAAUAAUAAACUAGAAAUUAGUGAGAAAGUUGUUGAAUGAAAUACUUCUCUAAACUUUUUCUUAGUACCGGUAAACUUUUUUCACUUGAUAUAGAAUUUCUGACCUUAUAUCAUCCUUUUUUGUUGUUGUUGAAACUACUAGCAGCUAUCUAACAUAGUAUUUACUAAUAUAUCAGUGAUGUGUUCGCACUGAAAACCAGAAUUGUACAGAGUACAUUUUAGUUUGUUAAGGAUAACCAUUUUUAUAAGAAAGUUAUCAUAUGCAGUCUCACUGUGAACAGAGCAUGAAAUGUUCUCUAAUGACAAUAAAUAUAACAGGCAAUUAUUCUUUGCCUCUUAUUUUUUACUAUUUUCUCUUCGAUAUUGAUGGUGAAUACAUGUUUUGUGUUCGCAUUUGCAUAUGAAACGAUUUGUAAAUACUUAGAUUAUUGCUUAUUCAUUUCUUCCUUUGCAUGUAUUUAACAGUUAAGUAUACAUUUUUACCUCAUUUUUUCUCUGUUUUCCUUUACUUUAUGGAGGGAGUUUUUUUUGUUAUAGUGGAGUAUGCCCAAAGCAUAGGACCACAUUUGAUUUAAGUGUUUUACAUUCAAAGUGUAUUAGGAGUAUUUAUACACACCCUUCAUCCUAGUUUGCAGUGGGGGUGGGGCGGAAGAGAAAUUGGUUUUAGGGUCUUUAUUCUGAAGUGUGAUACCUUACUGAUGUAAAUCUGUAUUUUGAGGAAACCAGUGGACCAAAAACAUUCAUUAUUAUACCGAGGAAUAUAUGCGGGUAGAAAUAUACUAAUAGGGUUCUAACUGUAGAUGUAAUAAGACGCUUAAAU